CAGAGACAUCAGUUGGAGCUCAAUUGUUGAUCUGAUCACAUCCGACGGACUUGCUGCAAAAGAGAAGCUGAGAUUUAAAGACGAGCGUUUCCCAUUCUCACUCUGUGCUGCUUGAGAGAGAGAAACUCUUUCACUUCUUGCGUUGGUGGGCUAUUUGCUUUUUGCCUUGUUUUGGCUUGCGACGUGGCGAAGGAGAUGUCUUUCCCCCAGCUGGGUUACCCGCAGUAUUUAAGUGCCUCCCAGGCGGUGUACGGAGGCGAUCGGCCGGGAGUGCUGACUCCGUCGUCCCGCGGAGGGAGCGUUGAGAUCGGGGGAAGCGCGUCGGCGGCCGCCGCUGCCGUGUCCUCGGUGCUGGGCAUGUACCCCUACGGGCACAACUACAGCGCCUUUCUGCCUUACACCAGCGCCGAUCUGGCUCUUUUCUCUCAGAUGGGCUCUCAGUACGAUUUAAAAGACAGCCCUGGCUAUUGUUAUUAG